ACUGGACGUUUGGUUUGGUUAGGUUUUAGUUUCCUCUACUUUUAUUUCCUGUGGGUUGUCUAUCAUUUUUCUCGUGUCGGGUUCCCCUACUGUGUCCUCUCUCUCUCUCACACACGCAGCUCCUCUUUUAUACCUUCUCAGAGCUGCGGGCGUAACGCAUUUAUUUAUAUCUCUGGGUCACAUUGUGAUUUCUUCACUCUUUGUCGCUACAAAGAAGUGGAGGUAACUCAACUUUCUUUGACGGGAAACACGGAAGGAUGUCGCAGGAGGCAGUAGCAGCAGCAGCAGCAGAGCUCGAUUUCCUCGGAUUGGAGAGGGAGACAUCUUCCUCCAAAUCUCAGCUUCAAAAGCUUCUAGAGCCACAAAGAUCUUUUCGAGGUAUUCAAGGCGCCAUUUCGAGGAUAAACCCACAGCUUCUUAAGAAUUUGAUAGCCUCCGGAACUGCGUCUUCUGAAGGGAAGCGGCAGGAACUUCUGUUCCCCUCGCCGUCCACGACUACAUCUGGAAAUCAAAGCUUUCUUUCGACUUUACCUGUUCUCAAUCCGGUCGCUAGGCCUAUUUCUGAAAUUCCUCCAGAAAGUGGUCGAUUAACCAUUUUCUAUAAUGGAACCGUUUCCGUGUUCGAUGUUCCUAGUGACAAGGUCUCCCUUUAUGCUGAGAAAAUCAUGAAACUUGCUGAAACCGAAUCGCCUGAUCCGAAACUCAGAGCUUCUUCGAGUACCGAAGCUCGGCUGUUCGAUAACCUUGACGGAGACUUGCCGAUCGCUCGAAAGAAGUCACUGAGAAGGUUUCUUGAGAAGCGGAAGGAGCGGAACGAACAGAAGGACCACCUAGAAAGUCUUGGGCGGGUUUCUACCUUGAAAACUACUCAAAAUUAAUGAAAAAGAGUGUAAAUCUCACUGAGUCACCGAAAAAACAGGUUGACUUCAGUCUCACCUUAUGAAUCAGUUAGAACCUGUGGUGGUGCCGGUGCCAGUGCCAGUGCCAGUGCCGGUGGAGAAGGCAAGGAUCAGUAGCUUCACCUGUAAUUCAUUUAUUAGAAUUAAGAGACCAAAGAUGAUAGAUGAUAGAUUCCUAAUCGAUAUGGUUAUUCUAGAAACUAAAACCAAACGCUACAACAGCCGUCAUGUAUGUUAGCGACAACGUUGCCCCUGGUGGUUUGUUGAUGUCCCAUGUGAACCGCAUCCUCUUGGAUGGUGGUUCCCUCGGUUUCCAGUCGUGUGGUUUAGAUGCUCUUUAUCUGUUAAAAAUGUUUUUUUUUUUUAAUAUAUUAUUAAUAGAAUUAUUGAUUUAAUCAGACAA